AUGUUGCAAUCACAACUCGCCUGUGUCCUGGGCGGUUCGCUAGCCCAGCUCUUCCGCGAGUAUAAGGACCGGGCCGACUUCCUCUGCGUGUAUCUCGCUGAGGCCCACCCUGCGGAGUACUUCAAUCUCAACACAACCUUCAAAGUACCAGAUCAUCGAACGGUGGCUGAAAGAAUAGCCGCUGCCAAUUUGCUGUUAACAGCAGAUAAAGAACACCAUCGCACGUUUACAGACGACCCCCUCGAUGACAGCCUGGUCCGAAUCGUCUUGGACACCAUGACAAACAGCUUCGCUCAGACGUACAACGCACACCCAGACAGAAUGUUUGCCUUUGAGGGUGACAAAGUAGCGUACAUCGGCGACAACAUCGGGAAGCAGAUGAUGGAACCUAGCGUACUCAUGACUGAUAACACACGGGGAUGGUUGGAGAGCUACUUUGCCGUCAACGGAAGAUAG